AUGGCCGGCGCACUCUUCGCUGUGUUUAGGACCUUCAUCCGCAAGAACACUGUUCUCCUGACCACUGCUUUUGCCGGCGCCUUCGCCUUUGAGCUUGCCUUCGAUAUCACCUCCAACAAGGUCUGGGACAGCUGGAACCAGGGCCGCCAAUGGAAGGACAUCAAGCACCGUUACAUGGUUAAGGAGGAGGAUGACGAGUAA